AUGGUCGUCAACGCUGCAUCAGCCGACAAACAGCGCUCGGUGAAUCGCUCGUGCAUCCAAUGUCGAGAACGCAAGAUCAAAUGCGAUCGUCUAGAUCCUUGCAAUCAAUGCGUCUCCAAAGGCAUCGGCAGCGAAUGCAAGCACGAAUUGCGGAAGAAGAGGGCAAAGAACAAGCGCCCAUUCCCCAAGCGCAAGAGCCGCAUGUCGAUGCCAUCGCAGCCUCUCGAAGGUCCUGCGCCAUCUCAUUACCGCAGCCAAGCGCCUCUCGAACCCACACUGCCACCCGUGGCCUGGGCUGAACGCUCCAUGACGUCGUCCACCUCGCAGCACAGCGAGCACGGUCAGACACCUUCCAGCAGCUCUGGCAGGAUCGUCACGCCCAGCACGUCGUCUUCUGCUCACGAUUUUGCCUAUUCAUCUCAGGAACGUGCCGCGCGAUCCUUUUCGGCAAGGUCAGCUAGACCACAAGACGUGGAAUCUUUGCCAGAAAACGGCAGCUCCUCAGAGUCGGGCGAUUCGGACAGCGAUGACGAUGACAAGUAUCCCGAUGACCGCUUGCACACGCUGGAAGCCGUUCAGCUUAUGCACAUCAAGAGUGCCCCAGAGCUUCGAUGUCCCUUUGCCCUCAAGGACGUUUACGCCGAAUGGCGCGCCAUGCCGAUCGAAAGCCGCCGCGGGCUGAUUCAAGAGGUGCGCUCAGCUCUGCCCAGCCUGCCUCAGUCGCUGCAUCUUCUGCAUGACGUCUAUGUUCAGCGUCUGCACUCGAUUCACGGUAACGUCGUGCACGUUCCGACUAUCCGUGUAGUGCUGACAGAGCUUUUGACCGACGUCGACUAUGAGCGACGCGAGCGGGUCGCUUUCGGACACAUUACUGCAAGCCUCAUGGUGAUCUUUGCUGCGCUGCGAUUUGCCCCGCUCGAUGGAACCUACACGUGGGGUCGUUCAACCAGCUCUGGAGCCAACGUCGAGCCUCUCGGGCAGAAAGACAUCCGUCAGCGACUGCGUCGCAUCUUUGCCCUCGUCAAGCGGAUUCAGCGCUUUGAGUCGACGUUCACCUUUGGUAGCAUUUCGGAGCUCCAGACUGCCGUCCUGAUGCUGGAGUGCGGCAAAGGCUCGUCCGCUUUCCUAGAUUCGCUGGCUGAUUGCGCUAUUCGAUCUGCAAUCCGCAUGCGCAUCCACCGUCUCGGGACGUUCGAUAGGAUCCAUUCUCCGAAAGCCAAACCGCAUCAGGCGAUCACGGUCGAGAUGGCCAUUCGCUGCUGGUGGGCGCUCGUACGUCGAGACUGGAGCCAGAGCAACAAGUCGCGCUCCUAUCGCAUCUCUCCGCUGCAAUUCAAUACGCGCAAACCUUUGAUCCUCUUCGACGACGAACUUCUGCAACAUCCGUGUCCGCGCUCCCAUCUUCGUUCCACCUGGACCCACGUCAGCUACUCGCUUGCCUCCAUCGACUUUGCCAUCAUGACCCGCACCCUCGUCGAUCAGGUCAAUGCGCAGUCGGACCUCGACGACGGUCCCGCCUCCGCCGAUGGAUGGGGUCUUGCGUCUGUGUUUGGUCAGCGACUCUCUGCUGCUCAACGUGACUCGCUUGACCAGAAGUUCCAGUCGCUGGUCGCGUCGUUUCCUGCUCACUACUCGCUCGAAGCGCGCUACGAAGUCAUCGGUCUGGUCGAUGUCGAGCGUUGGCUGUUGCACCAAAGACUCUUCCACCUGUUCCUCACGCUGCACAUGCCCCUCAUCUCUGAGGCUACCCGUCCGCAUGGCAGCCUGAUGUACAUGGCGGGUCACAUCCUCGACAUCCAGGACAAGGUCGCCGACAUUUGCACACGCCUCGACAACUGCCAACUCAACACGCUGCAGACGCUGCGUGCGUGCUUGGUGCUGCUGCUCAAUCUCUUUUUCACCGAGACGCCCGUCAACGUCAGCGGCUUGUCGAGGCUGAUGACUCGCCGUAAGAUCACGGCUGCUCUAGAAAAGGUCCCUAUGGAAGUCUCGUCGACCAAGACAAAAGUGUCGUUGCAGGUUCAACUGGUCAAGCUCUUGCUCGGACUCGAGGAGCAGCAGCAUCAACUUCAGCUCGGGUCGGUCCAUCCAUCGGGCGACGCGGCCGUACAAGAAGCUGCUGUGGCAUUGCGCCAACGAUGGCAUGCCACUUGCCAGAUCCUCGACGUGCUGCUCAACGAAGGCUACUGGCGGUCGUUCCGUAACAAUCUGCUCGAAAACGAGCAUUCUCUACCCACUUGGCUCCAAAACUCCCUGCGGGAUGAGCUCGAAACUGGAGAUCAAGCUGCACUAACGCAAGAGGCGUCGUCGUCGCUGAUGUCGAUCCCAUCGCUCUCUGAGAAUCUCACGAACACGGCCUCAUCAGCAUCGUGUCCGUCGUCUCGGAUCGAAAACGCGUUCGCCGCCAAUGUUCCGCAAGCAGACGUUGCUACAAUCGACAGUACUGGCCUUUCGUUAGCAUUCGAUCCGAAGCUGCUAGAGAAUCUGGAUGGUCUCGAUGUCUUUGGUCUCGAACCAGUUGGCUCAUCGUCGGAGCUGCCUCAACUCGACAUGGAUCUACUCGGCCAUCAAGACUUUGAAGGCUUUGGCAACUCGAGCCAAUCGAUCGACUUUGCCAAGAUGCUCAUGGAAUGGCGUGUCGAGGUUCCGCUGGCUUAG